GGAAGCGGGGGCGGCGGGGCCGGGGCCGGGAGCGGGGCAGAGCCCCGGGAUCGGGAUGCGGCCGCGGCCCGGGACGCCGCCUCGUUGCCUGGAGCGACACCAUGCACCCGGCCGUGGCGGUGGGGCUGGUGUUCGGCGGCUGCUGCAGCAACGUGGUGUUCCUGGAGCUGCUGGCCAGGCAGUUCCCAGGCUGUGGGAACAUCGUCACCUUCUCCCAGUUCCUGUUCAUUGCUGUGGAAGGUUUCAUCUUCGAGGCCAACUUCGGCAGGAAGCGCCCGGCCAUCCCCAUCAGGAAUUAUUUCAUCAUGGUGGCCAUGUUCUUCACCGUCAGCGUGGUCAAUAACUACGCGCUGAACCUGAACAUCGCCAUGCCGCUGCACAUGAUCUUCCGCUCGGGUUCUCUCAUAGCAAGCAUGGCUCUAGGGAUCAUCAUCCUGAAGAAAAGGUACAGCGUGUCCAAGUACAGCUCCAUAGCCCUGGUGUCCCUGGGCAUCUUCACCUGCACCUUCAUGUCUGCAAAGCAAGUGGCGUCUGACUCCAGCUCAAAUGAAGAGGAUGGACCCCAGGCUUUCCUCUGGUGGCUGCUGGGCAUUGCUGCCCUCACCUUUGCCCUGCUGAUGUCUGCCAGGAUGGGCAUUUUCCAGGAGACUCUGUACAAGAGAUUUGGGAAGCACUCCAAGGAAGCUCUGUUCUACAACCACGCGUUGCCGCUCCCUGGGUUCCUGCUCCUGGCUCCCAACAUUUACCAGCACGCCGUGCUCUUCAGCCAGUCUGAGCUGUUCCAGGUGCCGGUGAUCGGCCUGACCCUGCCCAUCAUGUGGUUCUACCUCCUGAUGAACGUCAUCACCCAGUACGUCUGCAUCCGCGGCGUGUUCAUCCUGACCACGGAGUGCACGUCCCUGACGGUCACCCUGGUGGUGACGCUGCGCAAGUUCGUCAGCCUCAUCUUCUCCAUCCUGUACUUCCGGAACCCCUUCACGGGCUGGCACUGGCUGGGCACGGCCUUUGUCUUCGUGGGCACGCUGAUGUACACGGAGCUGUGGCACAGCCUGGGGCCGCUCCUGGCGCGCUGCCGGGGCCAGGGCCGGCCCAAGGAGCAGUGAGAACAGGGAAUUCCUGCUGGGAGCUGUUGGUUGUGUGCCAGAGCAGAGCAGAGCAGGGAGCCCCCCAGUCCAGGGGGUGUUUUUGUACCAGGGGAGGUGUUGGCUGUGCCAAGCUACUGGGAGAAUGGGGAGCCUGCGCUGGGAACUUGGGGAAAGGAUCAUGGAGAAACAAUCUGGGCAUUUUUUGCGAGUUGGCAUUUUUUAGGCAACCCCUUUUCCUUCCUUUUUUUUUUUUUUUUUUUUUUUUUUUUUCCUUCCCCAUUGGAAUAACCCUUUUUAAGGAGAAGCUGAUCCAGAGGUUUGUUGGGAGCCCAACUUCCAUGGCUGCUGGAUCAGCUGGACCCUGAGAGCCAGUCUGGUGCCGUCCUUUAAUCGUCCCGGUGUCUGGAGCUGAUGGCUGAGCCCCAUUCCAGUGGGAAUCCCUGAUCCCUGUGCUGGCAGGAUGUGGGACACAGCCCCAGCUGGAGCUCCCAGUCUGCCCAGGGCACCCUGGCUUUCCCCUCCCUUGGGAUCAGCUUCCUUGUGGCUUUCGUGCCAGCCUGGCACAGGCUCCUUGUCCCUCAGUGUCACCCCUGGCUGCUGUUCCUGGAGUUUCCCUGCAGUUUUCCUGGAGCAGCUCCCAUGCUGGAGCUGCUGUCCCUGCUCAGCUGGGAAUGUGGAGGGAUGAAGGAGGUUUAAUAGCAAAGGAAAAAUGAUGGAAAAAAUUCCCAAAGUGAUGGAAAGGCAGCACCUCCCUGCCAGGCAUUCCCUGAGCCAAGACCACCUUUCCAAAACUUCCUCUGUUUUUAUCAUUUGCUUGGGAUAAUCCCCAGCUUCCCAUGGCCUCAUCCCUGCUGGGAGCAGAGUGGAAAAAGGGAGAGCUUCCAUCUGUGCUGGGAGCACUGGUUUAGCCCCAGCCCCAAAUCCCAGUGUGGGAAAAGGGAAUUCCAUCCCACCCAGAGCCAGCGUGGCGCUGCCAGGAGCUGCAGCUCCAUCCUAAUGUUCUGAAGGAUUUUUUUUUCCCAGUUCCCAUUUUUCCUGAGCCUCCUGAUUGUGGGAUCCAGGGAUUGUUGGAUCCAGGAAUUGUAGGAUCCAGGGAGGAUUUUUUAUCCAGGAA